AUGGCUCCUUCACAAGUCGCAAGAGCAAAGAAAAAAGCUCCUGCAAAGGCCAAAGCUGUACAGCCAGAACGCCAACAUGCUCGCUCUCCACGUCCAUUCCUCCACACUGCACACUAUUCUGAUAGCCAGAAUAAGACUAGAGAGACAGAGCAAGACUCACCUGAUCGUGACAAGCUCGAGUACAAUGCUUACGACAAUGACAUGCAAGACGAUGAAGAUCUUUUUGGAAAUCCUGAUGACAGCUACCAGCAACAUGAACAAGACGAACAAGACGAACUAGAUGGCAAACAUGGCAAAUAUGACGACAAACAAGAAGAUGAGCAGGACAACAAGCAGGACAACGAUCAGGACAAAUAUGAACAACAAGACCAUAAACAAGAUAAACAUGGUGAACAAUAUUCAAGGCAGAAUCUGCAAAUGAGUUGUUAUGAUGAUGAUGAUCUGAUGGAAUCAGACCAAGACCAAGGCAAGGAUUCCCAAGCAGACAACAAAUGUAUUGAUCCAGGCAUUUUUGAUGUCCUUGAGCAGCACCAGGCACUCACAUCCAUGUUCUCACUCAAAGUCUCCCCAUCAAUACACAAACAAAUGUGCCAUUCUCGAUCUCAUAGUCUUACGCAUGACGAGGGUGACCAGCCCAAGCACCAAAUAGAAAGGGCAAGCAAACAAGCAAACCCCUUGAAGCUUGAAUUUUACCCAACCUGUUGGCAGAUGUUUCUUCAGGCGGCAAAGUUGGAAAUGCACCUGCAGGCUGUACUAACGCACCAAAUUUCAGAGCAUUGUGACAUGGUCGGCGUAGUGGGAACUAGGAUGAGUCUUCUCAGCGACGAGUCGAGUGACUCUACUGAAGCUGAGCGUGGUCUAGCCUUGACGGAACGUCAAGGAUUCCUCCGGCGAUCUCGUGUAUCGCCAAGUGCAGCUGCGCAUAGGUACAGGAAGCGCCAAGCGCUCCGGGUCUUCAUACAUGAGGCGCCUAGGGCGCUCCGGAUCUUCAUGAAGCGACAUGUGGCCAGGGGCGGGGUCAUAGCGCCAGGCGGGGUCAUAGCGGUCCAGACCGCUGUCUUUCUAGGCGCAGGCGGCGCACCGCCGCGCGGGGAGUCUAGCAGAGCGGGGGCAGGUGUAGGGAGAGCUGGGGCUCUACUGGAGAAUGGAUAUUUCCCAGAAUAUCGUGAUCAGAUGUCAUGCUUGAUGGAACUCAAGAAAGUUAUCAUCUCUAUUGUGAAACAACUAUACAACAUCUUCCUGAGAAGCGGUGCGACACACGGGGACUCGGUGGUGCAGAAACAUAUUACUGAAGCAGCGUCUAUCCUGAUCAAGUCUGGUGACUACCUUCGGCUUCCUGACUCGUCCAAGGUUCUUAAAGAUGGAUGUCUAGAUUUUUACUAUGGCAACGGCAAAAAAGCAUUGAAGUUGAUGGAGGAAUUUCAAUGCUCAAUUCCUGUCAAUGGCCUCAUUCUCAUAGCUGCAGUUGUGAAGGGCGUUCUGAGUGGUUUCUGUAAAACCGGUACAGACAAAGUCCCAGAUCUCUCUGCUGAUAAAUGCAGAUCUGAUUUCAACUCCCUACAAAAAUCUAUUGAUACAUUGAUAGAUAUUCCUGAGCAUUGUCGAGAGCUGGAAGAGAUGUUGGAGGAAUGGGCUGAGUUUAGGAUGAUGAGUGGAGUUUGCAAUGGUUCAGACAGUGGCUCAGCUGAAGAGGAUGUCAACAUCAUUAUAUAG